AUGUCCAAUGUCUAUGAGAAGCUGACCAACCACACCGAAGCUGCGAUGACCAAUGAGAAUGCGCAGAACCCUGCCGAGCUGUGCAUCCUGGACUAUGCCAAGGUCCUCUUAAUGAUCUUCACAGCGAUCAUGAUGUUGCUCUAUGGCUGG